AUGGGUAAUGGAGUGAAAAGAACACAGGAAAGCAAUGCGCACAAGAUCUACAUUCAUUCUUUUAAACAGAUAUUACAGACAAUUAUAUUGUUGAACAGAAAAGUAACAGUUUCUACUUUAUUACUGUUACGUGUGGGUGCCACGAUAUUGAUUUGGUAUUUAUGGUAUUCCCAGUCCCCCCACUGCGAUGUGCCAUUAUACGCGUUAUUGAUGAUGAAGCCUGUACCUCAAAUACUGCUAACCGUCAAUCUCGAUGAUAUGCUAGAAAAGAGUAGGAAAAGGUUGAAUGAACAGACCGAGACCAUGAAGAACAGAUGGGAUACCAUUUCGAGUAUAACAUUAUUUAGCAGGCAACUUGUCGCUACUUUCUUGCGCUAUUUUUCUCUUAAUAAAUCAAAGACUUGUUCUUUUUUUUCAUCAUUGUUUGAAAGUUGUGCAGUCACUUAGCGAACGCGCUUAACGUUAACGGCGCGCCCACGCCAUCGCCACUGAGUUCAAAUUGUAGUUCUAGCUGAAUGUCGCGAAGAGAGAUGCCUCAGUCAAGUCUAUUGUUCUAGUUCUUCGUAAUGCUAAUGCAGUCUCCAUAUCAUAAGCAUACCGUUGUAUCUGUGUCAAGUCGACACAGAACCGCCACCCCGCUUCUGUGCAUGAUCAUCCACACGAAAACGCCAUUGUGCCCGUCAUACUUUUUAUCAUCGACACAUGUGUUUGUUCCUGUUUCUUCUUCACUUCGAGCGAACCCCUUGCCCUUCCCUCCUGUGUUUUUUCGGAUAGUAGCAUGCUGGCUCGCGCUGCGGUUCAGGUUUGUUGCCUCU